GUUUGUCGAGAAAGGUUGUGUACUUGCACCGUCUGCUUAGCGCAGUGCUUGACUUCUGUGAGGGCUAAACGCUCGUUAUCAUCAAUAGCCAAUUAGUAUCGAGCGAAUAAUAAGUGAAGCGGCUACCUGUCCCACUCAGGAUGCGGGUCGUUUACCUGUACCUCUUCCUGCUGGCAGGCGCGGUGGGCACCACCCACGCUCAGUGGGACGUCCUAAAUAAGGUUCGCGACUGGUUCACCGGGAUGCGACAGCAAGUGAUGUCACGAAUAUUCAACUCGGAGAAUUUCAAAGCUUACAACUCCACCUACAAGGAACUACUGGCGCGCGGCAACCUGAGCUCCCUGUCCGUUGAAGAGGCAAGAGCCCUGCCGACCAACUUGUGGCGCAAGUACGGGGCGCUACCUCUGCUUUCGUUGAGGGACAACACACGGAACUUGGUGGCGCCGUAUCUGUCGCAGCGCAUCAAGGACGAGAUGAACCUCCUGCAGAGAGUCAACAUCACAAUCCCUCAGGCCAUCGACCGGCUCAGGAGCUUGCUUAGGGACACCACCGAAGGCCAGCAGCAGACGGCUUCGCGAGUAGAAGUGAAUAUGCUUCUAGAGCAGCUGGGGAACUCCUGGGACUGGAUGGAAGCGAAUAUCACUAGCCUGAAGCCCAUCCUCUUCUACCUGCCCAUCUCCAUGCUCACCAACCUACGAGAUGUACCCACUAUUACCCGGCUAAACGAUGAAGUGAGGCAGUGCACGGAUAAUUCGGGCUCCAGAUCCGAAUCGUGCCCGAGUCAGCAAGAGGCUAAGGGCGACGUAAUGACCGUACGCGCCCAGUACAUGCUGUCGCUGCGGGCGUGGCUCAUCGAGAAGACCUACGGCGACCCCAGGAACUGGGACCGAGACACCUUCGCCAAGAUGACCGACCUCAGCAUCCUGCCCGACGCUGUCUUCCUUCGCCUACAGCCUGAAGUUCUGUUGACCCGAAAGGAUGAAAUCUUGACGAUGCUGCGUAGUAAGGCGUCCAAGGUGAGGUCGCUGGGCCGCUACAUUGUCGAGAAGGUCUUCAUGAAAGAGAACGUACGGCGCAGCACCGACAACCCACCACCGUCCGUCAGUCAGACUGAAGUCGACAGGAUCAAGGCCGUGAUCAGCCCGCUGCGAAGCGCGGGCCUCAUGCAGUUCGUGUACGCCACCGACCUUCCCAAUGAAGUGCUCGACGCUGACAACCGUCUCAUCCGCAACGAACUGGACACAUCCACCACCACUGCGCUGCAGAGCGGCGGCAUCGACGCUUUGGUGCUGGAAAACGGCAUUCAGGGUCUAUUCAACUACACAUCACCCUUCACCAGUGAACAAGUCCGUAACCUAGGCAUGAACCGUUUGGCGCUGGCGUCAGGCCUGAUGCUCAACCGCACUCUCAGGACCUUCUCCAUCUCCGCUGAUGACUUCAGGAGACUCUCGACGACCAUCCAAAACACGGUCGGCAGCACCGCCAAGUCCAAGCUGAUGCUGAUCAAGAACAAAGUGUUCGAAGUUGCCUCUGGUGGUGGCAGCUCGCUGGAUAUCAGCUAUGUCCCUGACGAGCUCUUGGACGUGGCGCCCAUGCGGUACCUCGAUGCCAUGUCUUCAGAGAACAGGAUGAACGUGCUGGGACGGAACACCUCCUUCAACACGGGACAGAUGGCCACCCUCAUAUCAGGCAUUGGGUCGGGCCAGUUGAGUAGCAUCUCAGGUAACGCCAAGGAGGCCAUCCCCACCAAUGUAUACAAGGACCUCAACAAGGAUGGCUUGAAGCCGGCGGCCGUCGGCAUGCCUCCCUCAUCCAAGUUGGGCCUGAUGACAGCGGACAAGGCAUUCAAGAAUGGUGUGAACAUGAAUGCCGACGCCAACGCGGCGAUGUUCCUGCAGGGGCAGGACGCCAAGAACAUCCCGCCGUCUGACAUCGUCCAGCAGCUCGAGUACAUGAAGGAUACCUUCCCUACGCGCCAGGCGUGUUCCGUGCUCAAGAACAUCUACGUGAACUACUCGGCGACGGAGAUGAUGACGCAGAGUGAGGAGGAGGUCUUCCAGCUCCUCACACCCUCCGCCAUCGAGCUCAUGCCCAUCUGCGUCACUGCCGCUUUCGGUCAGGACAGACUUCGGCGCCUGGACGACGUCAGCAAAAUAACCCUGUUGGACCGCCUCGUCGCGAACAGGAGGAUGGCGCUGACUUACGCCUCCCUCAGCCGGUCUGACAUACAAACCAUCGUGGAAGAGGGGCUUAAUGCGAAGGGCCGGCCAAGCGUCUUGACGGGAGCGGACGUUAACAUGUACGGGGAAAUUCUUCUAUUCUUCCCCACGGACCUGCUGAACUCCAUGACCUCCGAAGGAGCUCCUGUCGCCCUCGGCAUCUUCAACAACCUGGCGGCAAGUGUCCUGAUGCCAUGUCUUGACGGAGGACGAAGAGCGGCCAUCGGUAAUAUGAUCACCAAGUUCAAAGGUGAUGACCCGCAGACAUGGCGGCAAAUGUCGGGACUGUGUUGCCUGCUGUACACGCUGCCGUCGGGGACGCUGAGCCGCAUCCCCCGCGGGGCCCUCAUGUCCUGUCGGUGCCACAUCGCCGACCGCGCCCAGCACGCCCCUGAAAAUGAGGCCCGCCAGAUGGAGUGUCGAAACUUUAUCGGCGGGGACUACGAUGCCGAGGUCUGGCAACGUGAAAACGUGCGACGCGUGCAGGCCUGGGCUGCUCUGGAUGUCCUCGACCCUUACACCAUCCCCAACUACAACCCCAACGGCAGGAAGAAGAGGGCUGUGAGCGACGUGGCGCUAUGCAAUCGCGCGUCGGUGAGCGGCGCGGACGACAUCAGCAACGGUGAACUGAGCAAUGCGCCCACAGACGUCCUAAUGGAAUGCCUGGGGGCCUUGGGGUCCCGCUACAUGGACGCCGGCAAAGCCCAGAUCCUGGCAAACAAAGUUCGGGAAACCCUAAGCACGCGCUCCUGGUCGUCUCUCACGAACGAUCUCAUGAGAGACAUGAACUUCAUCAUGAAGGGCAUCCCUGCUAAUGAAAUUCGUGACCUCCCACGCCUGGCUCCUCCCAACGAUUUCUCCGACACCGUCACCGUCUUGGGCAACGAAAAGAUGAUGUUCUCCGACGAACAGCUCCGGGCGUACGCGGACAAGGUGCUCACGACAUGGCGGUCACUGGCCGACAUGUCGGACAAGCAGCUCGCCAUGUACAACCGCCUCCUGUGCGCCGCCAACGCCUCCCUCAUCAACACCCUUAGUCCAGACCGAGUUGGAAACGCACUAACUUACCUCGGAGUUACCCUAGAAGGCUGCAGCAGGGAUGAUGUGCUGACGCCCCUAGCUUUGAAAGCCAUGGCUUACUACCCUUACAAUCCGAACAAAGCCCAGGUGCGUGAGAUGGGUGUGGUCUUCGCCGGGAUUACCUAUGACAAAAUCGCAGGACGUGACGCGAGUUCCUUCACCGGCCUCACGCCUGCUGCUCUGCGCGCCAUGUCCGGCGAAGCUAUCCAUGCGAUGAGUCCAGAACAGCUGCGUAGUCUGUCUUACACAACCGCGAUGGCCAUGAGCGGAGGGGUGAGGGACAGCCUCUCCGGGGAGCAGAAAGCGGCUCUCAACGAGGCCAUCACCGGGAAUGGGACCUCAAGGCGAGAGCUGUCAACUGCCGCCGCUCUUCUGUCGCUGCUCCUGAUGGUCGUCGCUUCGUAAAUAACGGCUUGAAUGACGUCUUUAUCAACAAGCCGGAGAAACGUCAUUCAUCAGCAGCGAUAUCAGGAAGAGGAAAGACAUCAUGUUUGCUAAAAGUCGUGAUAUGAUUUUCUGGAACAACGAAACUGUCAUCUACGUGAGACAUCCUCGUGAUAAUUAAAAAAAUGUAUCUCUUCUAAUUAUUAAGGGUUACUCCCCGCUAUUUUUUUCCAAAACAGAGGAAAUUGGUUUCGUUUACUUCAAUACGCUGCUAAGGUCAUGCAGGAAACAUCGAUCACGUUUCAACUACCGUAAUAGAGGUUCCAUGGAGUGCAUUCGAGGAAAACUAACAUUUAAAAGUGAAAAAUUAGACGCAAUCCAUUCGAAAGAAUCUGAAUGCACUGCACAACUUGACAAUCAUUGAUAUUUAUUGAUAUGUUGAAUGGACAAGUCAAGGGCUUUACUUUGAGUUAGUUUAAACUAUGAAUUUUCCGCACUAAUUUUCUCCUUCAGAACACUCAUAUUGUGCCCUGGAAACAUACUAAUUGAUAAACAAAAUGAAAUGAAAAUUGAUGUAGAGGAAAAUAGAAAAAAUUUAAUCAGUGAAAAUGACCGACAAAAUUUUCUCCUCUCUAGCUUAAGGGACAAUAAGGUAAGCUUUUUUAGGCGAUACAAAAAUAUCUGAAUUCAACGAGUAAAAGGUCAUCCUGUGUGAAGACCUCAAAAGAAAAACAUACACACUGACAUAUAUGUUUUUAAUAGAUACUGUUACAAAUUUGGAACUAAUGCUAGGUGUUUCCAAUCGCAUUAUUUGUUGAACGUUGCUCAUUUUUGGAAUUUUGAAGCACAUACAUAAAGCAGAGAAGCGCCAUAAUUAAGUAACAUCGAGUUCACACGCGAAAUUUGUGUGAAAUUACUUCUUUACAAACUACUAUUUCAUAUCCGAAAUUUGAAUAGAGGCACAAAUAAAAGUAAAUUCAGUAGUGAACUAAGGAUAAAAACACUGUUUAAUAAUCAGAGAGUUUUAGCAGAAGUUAUUGCUCAUUAUUAAUAAAAUAACUGACCAGUCAAAGGGACAUCUUCCGUCUUAAACAACUACUAAUGGGACCAAUUUUGCCUUGACAUUUUACUAAUUAAAUAAUGGGUUCACUAAUGUAUAGUAGCGAUAUGUUUCUUGUUUGAAGUGUAGAAGCUGUUACUGUCAAUAAAUCCGUUUCAGGUGUUUUAUAGAAAUAGUUAAAUGUUCUCAUUUACUUCACCGUGAAUGUUCGACAGUUUAAACCAGAGAUCUGCGACCCACGAACGGGACGCUGCGUCGUGCAGUCGGCUUAAUUAGACGGUGCAUAUCUUAACAUGAACAUUGAACAUAGUUGACAUUUAUAUGUUCAAGGGCCUGUUACGUGACCAAACCCCACCAUAUUAAGGGGUUUAUGGAAAAACGUGUGUGGGGAAAUUGUGCAUUGCGUUGUUGAUAAACGGACUCGAAGAAAAAUAUUUUUAAUUUGAAAUAAGACUUGAAUAUAAGUGGCAUUAAGAUAUGCAGUUGCGGUUCAAGGUCUCGAAACACUUGGAGAGUUGCCCCCAAACCUUCACAGCACCUAGGCUUGCAAGAUGUAAUAUGAAGUCGGAUAAGGCUUUUGGACAAAAAGGAUGCUGACCUCUGGUUCAAACUGUCCGCUGAAUGGCGCUUAGUGUGAUAUACAUGUUAAAACGACUUGUCAAAUUUUAUAUUAUUUUUCAAGAAAAACUCUAUAGUUAAUUGUAUUUUAAAGUAGUAGUAGAUCAUUACCCUAACAAAAUGUAGUGGCAUGAGCGACCCUGCAUUCGGACCGCCUAUAACGCUUGGAGCACGUAAAUCAGCUUCUAUACGUCCGCUUCGGCUCAAGUUCGGAGGGCAGCCUCUGGGCAGUUUGUCAGCUCGGUUAACUCGGCUCGGUCAACUCUUGUCAUACUCUCGGGCGACUAUAAAGACGGUGAGGAGAUUCUGACCAGAAACUAAUUUCGAUUGGGUGGCCUAGCAGACCCUGAAUAACUUUGCGCCGUGUGUAGCGACCAUUCGGCCGAAAUAAUUAUUAUUUAAGUACAGUGUACAGUUUUUUGAUCGUAUGAUCAAUUAAUUUCAAAUUUACGUGCGACUUCUGAAAUUUCAGGCACAGUUAGUUGGCAAUACUCAAGUGGAAUUUCUUCUUAUGUGACGUUAUGCAAUUAUAAAUGCACAAUUCGGGUAAAUCUUACGAAAUUGGUGAUUUUCAAAAAAAUAUUUACAUAUUACAAUUUAUUGUCAAUAUGAAUGGAACUUUGUUGCUCAAUUUGAAAUGAACAAGAUUUCAUAAUGAAUGAAAUUUAGCUUAAAACUCGAAGAAAUUAGUUGGCUUUAUAUCAAACCUCUGGUUUAUUUCAAAAACUUCUGUCUUAAGGCGAAUAAUUUAAAAGCAUUAUAUUCUCUUAAGAACUUGUGAUUGAUGUUAUUUGGCACGAGAAAUCUACAUUAAAUAAAUUAUUACUGCUUGUUCUACAAUUCACACGGAUUUCAACACUUUUCAUUGUUCAGGUUAUUUGUUUUCGUAGACACUAAUUUUAUUAAUUUUAUGAUGUCGUCACUCAUUAUGGGACAAUUUUAUGAUUGCAUUUGAUAAUCAGUGUGUUGAGUGUGUUGUUAUUAUUAAGUAAAAAACUUAUUGUAGAAAUAAAUAGUUAUCAAUAUAAUUAAGAUAUUUAUUCUCAAUAUCGUGAUGCAGAUGUUUUGGCCUUAACUCAUGUUUUUUAGGCAAUAUCGAAUUGAUGAACGGCUAAGUAGACAGUUAUUCGUGAAGUCGAAGCAUUUAGUAGGUAAUUACGCUCUGUGAAGGCUCCUCAGCAAAGUUGUCAAAUUCAGACAAACCAUAUUCAAAUUGUUCGAACUUGGUAUCCAGUGAAUGAUGACACUCAUAGAACCGGUAAGCUCUUAAAUUGUAAUUUUUUAUAUCAUUUCAAGUUGUAUUCUAUUGUAACUCGUCAACAGUUAAGACAUUUAAGAAACCAUUCUUAUUCAUCCAAACUUCAUUACUCCGCCGUCGGUAUGCGGGUUUCUCUGAAUCUUAAUGAUUUGCGACCAACAGUAUGUUUACCCAGUUCGAAAUCCUCGCCGUGACCAAGGCAAUUCGGGACAGGCACCUUCGCCCACAGGUCCAACUAGGCCGGCGAUGACAAACUCAAGUCGCAUGCCCGCAGAUUGCGGACGAUUCGGCCGGGCACGGCCCUUACCUCAGAAACGUACUCUCAGGCAUGUGCGAAUGUUACCAUCGUUAGGACAUGCCUGGAUGAUUUUUGCCUUGCGGUUGCGCUGUUGCGAGCGUUGGGAUCCAGGGCUCUGACUGGGUAAGGAUAUAAUAGUUGGUGCAGCUCUCAAGUCCUGCUGUGACGUAGAUUAAGUACUUUGAUGUUUACAAAUUAUGUAUCUUCAGUGCAUUAAUUCUGACCAUUGAUUAAAGAUUUGAAUUCUC